AUGCAACCAAAGAUUGAGGGCGACGAAUCUAUGAAUGACAGUUGUCUGAGCUCCAGCCAGUCGUCAUCCACCCCUCUAUCAGCAAACACCCCGCCUGGGCAGUAUCUGAAUCCACUAUCGGGGGCUCGAAAACGUCACAUAGAAGAGUCAGAUGACACACUUGUCGCACAAGUUGAUGAGCAAAGCUCGCCCCGAGAAGCUGUCGGUGAUAAAACAAAGCGCAUUGGUGUCAUUGACACAAGUAAGGCCAAUGACUUCGGCACGCACGCAAGCCCGUUCUCACCGCCAACACUGGCCUCAGCCCCAACAGUUAUCUCAGAUGCGGGAAACCAGCAGUUUAAAGAGUUCAAGGCUCGAAAGUAGGCGGUGAAUGAUUCGACUAUCAAGGUAAUCACAGAUGUGUCUGCUUCGAUUCUUCCCUGGCGACCUGCCUCCAGCUCAGCCAGGCGCCGAGGACCCAGGUCAAGACCAGCUCGCGAAUUCGAGCUCCAACAGAAG